GUAAUGGUUGGCCGGAAUGCAGACCACAGCUCCCCUCCACUCUACUCAGCGCAUUCGCAAGACAGACACCCCAUACGCAGCUAUGAUGCUAUAUUUCGUUGUUUUGAUAACCACUGCGACCCUCCUGGCAACUACCAAUGUGGCAUCCGCAACUGAGGCUCCACAAACGUCGAUACUAGUCACUCAGUCUGUCGUACUAUCGAAAGGUGGAGCUCCAGGCGACCUCGCCUCCAUGAGGCGUUUGAGAACCAACAAGGCAGCGGCUGAGGACACCACGAGCACCGAGGAGCGAGGAAUUGCGUUUUCUGGCAUUGAAAAACUGGUUACAUCCAGUGCCAAAAAGGCCCAAUUAAAGCUAUGGCUUACCCAAAAGAAAUCUGCAGACGUCACAUUCAACCUCUUGAAUCUUGCACGCAAGAAGAACUUUUAUUCGGAAGCAAGGAGUUCUUGACGUGGGCCAAGUACGUGACCAAGCUAAAGAAAAACGAUGCGGGUAUCGUCAUGAUCAACACUUUGUUGAAACAUUACGACGAAGGCACUCUGGCAAGAUUGAUUGCGGGUAUCAAGACCUCGAAUUCGCCCACUAUGCAAAAGCUUGCGACCACUUUGCAGGAGGCACAGUUCACUAAAUGGAUGAAAGAAUCGAGACGUCCUGUUGCCGUCGAAGCGAAACUACAUGCGCUAGGCCGAGGAAUGUAUUACAAGAUGGACGAUGAGAUUGUAAACGCGUACAGAUACUUCAUCGGGGCAGCAUGAUCAGAUAAUUGAUGAAGAGACUGGAGGCGAGCAUACUAUACAAUUCGCUGAUCGAGAGUAGCUGGGUGUUCGCUCUUUAGCUUAGACAAUAGGUAGUUAAGGUCUCCUUAGGUAAAGACAGCCGUGGUUGACUGAAACAAAAACCAAAUUGAAUUACGAUG